CCGAUUCACUCCUCCUCUGACCGACGGCCAAACGUGAUGCUGCUGCUUACGGGCAGGUGCAUUACAGCUCAGCGGGGACUGAAUCAGGAAUAAUGUGUAGAAGUUUUGGAAGAGCUGAAGAAAGAGAAAUAUUGAAGAGAAGAGGGAAGUUCUCUGAGGAGGCAGGUGGAUUUAUCCUUGAAUAGACGGGAGGUCACAGGAGCUGUGGGGUCAUGGCUGAUGCACAGAGUGAAGAGCACUUCUCUGUGGGUUUAUCGACACAUUAGACACUUUUGCUCAUGAAACCAUGGGUCAGGGACAGAGCAGCACGGACACGGAGGUGACUCUUCAGAACAUCCAGGAGCUCUACAGGAAGUUUGCCAGUGAAUGUCCGAGUGGAAACCUGCACCUGCACGAGUUUAAGAAGAUCUUCGGAGUCAACAGUAACUCCACAGAGGAGGAACAUGCAUAUAUGGACAAUGUGUUUAGGACGUUUGAUACCAAUAAGGUAACGUAGCCGAGUCUUCUUUCAGAAUCCAAAGAAAACCUACAUUUUUAUCUCAUUUUCAUUCAGAAAUUUGUUGUUCUCUUUCCUCUGUGCUGUUUGCUCUGCAGGACGGUCACAUCGACUUCCUGGAGUAUGUCGCAGCUGUGCAUCUGGUUCUUCGUGGAAAACUGGAAGACAAACUGAAGUGGUCUUUUAAAGUUUUUGACAGAGACGGAAACGGAUGCCUGGACAGACAAGAAGUGCGAACGAUAGUGAAAGUAAGAAUUCAGCUGUUUCUUCAGUUUGGAUCAGAAACUCUGUCGGUUAAUAUUUCACAGGACUGAAUAAAAAAUGAUCAAAAUGCUCCAGGGACGGUUUCUUUGAGGCAGGGGCUUACACAGGCUGUUCCAGGGUCAGGGGUGAAAUGAAUAAAGAGGGCACCACCUGUGUGUCAUGGGCCACCAGCGCUAAAACCGUGGCUAAUGAAGAUCAGUCUCUGCAGGUUGAUUACCUGCAUUCACCUGCAACUUUUUAACUUUCCGUUGAGUAUGUGAGUGAAGAGGAUGUAGAGGUAAUUUGGAGGUGAAAGAGGCUCAAACUAUCUUUUUGUCUUUUUUCAGAUCAUCCAGAAAUUAAAGAAACACAACGAUCCAAACAUCACCGUCAGGAAUAUUGAAGAUAUUUGUGACAGGAUAUUUGAGCUGGUGGACAAGAACAGAGACAGUAAGACCCCUGUUUGUACUUUGAUUAAUCGUCUUUUGCUCUUUGUCAUAGCUUUAAAAUUCACUCUGUUCCUUCUCUUCUUCAGGCCAGAUUUCUUUGGAGGAGUUCAUGGAGGGGGCGAACAAAGACCCCUGGGUGAUGGAUCAGCUCAAACUGGACAUUGGACCUUGUGAUUGGUUUAUCCAGCAGCAGGAAAGGAAAACCUGAUUUUACAAAGAUGAAGAUGGAAAUAUUUUGCCUUAAGUCUGAUUAUUGUUUACUCAAAAAGACUUCAGAUGGUUUGACUCUUGUUUGGAGUUUUUCUGCCGGACAGUCGUCUGAGAAAGUUUGGAUCACGUCAGUCUUUCACUGUGGUUUCUAUUUUUGUCUUUUUUGGAGAAGAAUCAGCCUGAAAUAACUAAAAAUGAAUCUUUUUUUAAUGUGCAGGAGCUGCUGCACAGAGACUGCGUCCAAACAGCCAUGUAUCUCCGCUUUGCAGAAAUAUUCAGAUGGAUGCAUGCUUAAAUCACCAUCCUCAGGGAGUUUUUUAUUGAGUAAUAUUUUAUCUCACAUCAUUUUUUCCUGUUUUGUCUCAUUGAAACAGAAGAUCCAUGCUCCUCCCGUAAAGGGAGACUCAGCCAACAUUGAUAUUUGACCAACUUUUGAAAAGUAGCUGAUGGGUUUGUUUUCCACUGUCCUGAAAAAUGACACAAUAAAG